UAUUAAUUGUUCAAAUCGUUUCUUCACUACCACCACUGGGCGUUAAACGCAUCACUAUCAGUCCACUUAGCAAUCGCGCCAAAUUCCUAACCAUUGUCAUAAUAUUAUUUCGUACAAUAAUUUUUAUUCCUCUUGAUAAUAUUACGUGGUAGGUUCUUUGUUAUGAGUUAAUGCAUGAGUGCACCGUCGGGUAAUCCGUUCUACGGCUACCGCGAUAAACAAUAGUUUAUUAUUACUUUUUCUGUCGUUUUUACCGUUUCAAUAACAUACCAACGCUUCUUCAGGUGGCGUCCUCGAUUAUACUGCUCAUUUUUUGCCCGACUAAUAACCUGUAAACGUCGAAUGCAAUAAUACGUUAUUGUCAGUCCUUGGUGGUCAUGUGUCCGCAAUUUUUCCCGAACGAUUAUUCUUUGAUAAUAUAGUCGGUGUUAGCUGUGUUAAAUAUUUUAUUAUGUAUUAAAUUGUCAAGACCUCGACAAUGUCUGAAAACGGAGGAACAACUAUUGAGUUAGAUGGAGGAUCAUCUGAUGAUUCAGUGAGUUUUGAUGAGAAUCUCAUUAAGUUAGAGCAUCAGCUUUCAAUAUCUGACACCGAAGAAACUAUAACAGAUUUACAAAAUUACUUGGAUUCAUUUAAUACAGAAAUUGAAGGAAAUGAAGUAACACAAGUACAAGCUGAUGGAAACUUUGUAGAACCUGCACAUCUCAUCGAUCAAAAUGCGCAAUGUUAUUAUCACACAACUGCAAGAGAUGGCCAUGUAGUUAUGGUUGAAGGACAUCCAGACCAUGAAUUACAAAUGCUGGAUAAUACAAAUCAAAGCCAUACAGACAACUUAACUCAAAUUGCUCUGCCUUAUGCACAAGAUGAAAUUAAUAAAGAUAUCCCUCAAAUUGUUGCUUUAGGAUCUGGUAAUGGAUAUCAAACCGUCACUCUCAUUCAAUCUGAAACUGAUGCCAAUAAUUAUGUUCUUUAUGUGGUCAAACAAAAUGACAAAAAUGAGGAAAUGUCAAAUGUUAGCCUAGAGAUAUCUCAGGGAGACUAUGAUCCUAAUGUUAAAAAUGCAUAUAAUUUAAAUGAUGGAAAAGAUCCAACUCUACCAAAAAAACAAAAAAUUGAAGAUUCAAAAGUAGAAGAUGAAAAAACUAAAAUACAUAAAUUAGUACCUAAAAAAUCAGGGACUGUCACUCCUCAAGUACAUGUGUGUGAUUAUUGUAAUUAUUCUUCUAAAAAAAGAUAUUUGUUGACUCGUCAUAUGAAAUCUCAUUCUAAAGAACGUCCAUAUCAGUGUGAUAUUUGUGCACGUGGUUUCAAAACUCAAGCUUCUUUGCAAAAUCAUGUUAAUACUCAUACUGGAACAAAACCAUUUAAUUGUCGAAGUUGUUCGAGUUCUUUUACUACAUCAGGAGAACUUGUUAGACAUAAUCGAUAUAAGCAUACUCAUGAAAAACCACAUAAAUGUACGUUAUGUGACUAUGCAAGUGUAGAAGUGAGCAAAAUGAAAAAUCACAUGAGAUGCCAUACUGGUGAAAGACCAUACCAAUGUCCCCAUUGUUCUUAUGGAAGUCCUGAUAAAUUUAAAUUGAAACGCCAUUUACGUAUCCACACUGGUGAGAAACCAUAUGAGUGUGAUAUUUGCUUAACUAAGUUUACCCAAUCUAACAGUUUAAAAACACACCGAUUAAUACAUAGCGGUGCAAAACCCGUAUUUAAAUGUGACCAUUGUCCAGUCACUUGUGGUCGCAAAACUGAUUUACGUAUUCAUGUACAAAAGCUUCAUACUUCAGAUAAACCUAUUUUGUGCAACCGAUGUGGUAAGGCAUUCCCUGAUCGUUACCAGUUUAAGGUUCAUUGUCUUUCACACAAAGGGGAAAAAUGUUUUAAAUGUAAAUUGUGUUCUUAUGCUUCCACAACUGAACGUCAUCUUCAAACUCAUAUGUUUGUACAUUCAGAUAAAAAACCAUUCCAAUGUGAUCAAUGUGAUCAGGCAUUUAGACAAAAACAGUUAUUACGCCGCCACCAUAAUUUGCAUCAUAAUCCAGCUUAUGUUCCACCUCAACCACACGAGAAAACUUAUCAUUGUAAUUCAUGCAGAAAAUCAUUUAGACAUAAAGGAAAUUUAGUAAGACAUAUGGAAAUUCAUAUGCGGCAAUCAACUGGAAAUUAUAGAAAUACUGCAUUAAAACAAAGACUAGAGUAUACCGAUUCAACUAACGAGGGUGAAUCUGAGGAGGACGCAAGUAUUCUAACAAGAGGAACUGAAAUUGUAUCAGUAAAAGGUGAAGAUGGACAGCAAUAUGUUCUACUUGAAAAGAUUUAUCUUGGUGGUCAAAAACAGAAAAAUUGCACAUCUACAAAUGUAUCAUUAAAACAUGUUGACCAAUCUUCUUCACCUAGUCCAAAAGACCUUACAGUCUUACAACCAGUGUCUGUCGCAGACGUGAAAGAAGAAUUUGAUGAAGACCUUAACAAUUUUUUCAGUUUUGCUGACGAAGCUGAUGAAGAAAUUACAAACACCGUUGGUUAAAAGUUUAAACUCUUACCUCAAAUUUCUUUUUUUUUUUAUAUUAUUUGUAUACCGAGUUUUAUGUUUUUAGCAUUUAUAUCAUAGUUGAUGUAUAGUGUUGCUCUGCUGAAGUCUAUAGUUUAUGUUAUUUUAAAUUAAAAAUAUUUUAAACCAUUAAUAUAAGUAUCCAAUUUAAACAGUAAUACAUAAUAUACUAUUAGUUUGUGUACUCUUAUUUUUUUUAAAAUUAUGUAUUUAGCAAAAAAAUUAUAUUAAAUACUUGAGCUAAAUCAUUACCGAUGAACUUUUGGUAUCUUGAUAUUCAUGUAUUGCUUAAACUAUUUUAUUACUAUGAUUUUAAAUUAUUUUUUAUUCAAUUUAGUUAUGAAUAUAAUAAAAGCAAAUGUGCCAUCUAACUAUUAACAAAACUAAUAGUCAACAUCGCUGAUUUGUGUUAUAUUGUAAUAUACAUACUUAUUUUAUUGCAUUUUUUACUGUGAAAACAUUUAAAAAUAGAUUAAUACCUAUUCCUUAGCGUUUACAAAUAACUUUAGAGUACAGAAUUUGUUGU